AUGCCAUCGACUACUGCUUCCCCAGACCAAGAACAAUUGGAAUUGGUUCACUUGACAGAUCAAGAGCUUAUAGAUUUUACUAGACUUCAAAAUGCUCAAGCAUGGAAAGGUGCAUUGUCAAUCAAAGACUACGUCUUGAGAGAACAAGUUUUGGGUAAAUCAAAGAUGGCAACUACUCCCCCUAAUAAGUUAUUGAUAUUUAUGUUAAGAAACAAAACCGAUAAAGCCCCGUUGUGUUCGAUUGAAUUAUUAAUCCGGAAAAGUAAAAAGUAUACUUUGAACAAGCAUGAGAAUGUGGUUGAGCAAGAGGAUAUUUUAAGUGGAUGUAUUGGUGGUGUUUAUACAUACCCACAACAUCGUGGUAACGGAUAUGCCAGAAUAAUGGUUGACAAAUUAGUAGUUGAAGCAAAAGAGUUGGUAGGACCACUGGGGUUUGUCUUUUUAUACUCAGAAAUUGGCGAAUAUUAUUCUAAAAAUGGAUUUUUGUCCCAAGGUGUUGAUUUGAUUAAUAUUCCAUUGACAGAGGGUCAAGACUUUGCUACAAACACAUUUGAUAUCAAGUAUGAUUUAAUUAAUUACCAUCAUUUUGAUUUGUUAAUGGAAAGUUACAACCAACAAAACGAACAAGAAAUAAUUGCAAAAGUUUUAAAGGAUGGAAAAUCACGAAUUACAGUGGUGCCAAGUUCCAAGAUCAUUGAUUGGUUUCACUUAAGGUCAAAAUAUAUUUCCUAUAAAAUAUUUUAUGAACCAAAGCAAAACCAAGAGCAUAUUGAUUUUUAUAAUGAAUCGUACGAGUCGAUAAAAUCAAAAUUGGAAUUAGUAGAACCUAAACAGUUUGGCAUUAAAUUAUACAACACUGCAAAUGAGGUUGCUGGGUUCAUAGUUUGGACAAUGGAUUUCAACAACCAAUCAGUACCAGAAAACUAUGUCACUGUUUUGAAAAUCGUUUCCUUUGACGAGAAUUCAAAAGAUGAAGUUGCGAUUAAAUUAUUAAGCUUAUUGAAAACCCACUUGAUCAAAAAUCCAAUAUUGAAUGGUAUGAACACUACAAAAAUAGUGAUUUGGGAAUCUGAAAUCAGUUCACAUAUCAAAAACGUGUUAGUCAAUCAAUGGAAUGCUCAAUCCAAUAUCGACAAUCCUUCACGUUCAGCAAUAUUGAUGAAUAGUCCUAUAGAAGAUGCAAAAUUACGUGAAUCUGAAAUAAUAUGGGAGGGAAAUGAUAAACUUCCCUGGUUUUAA